AUGGGGGGCCCAGAAGAAAAGGUCAGCUCGCCUGGCAUGACUUCCCCAGAUGGCCAUAUGACUAUGCCAGGACAAAUGGGUAUGUCUGGACAUAUGGCCAUGCCUGGAGAUGUGGCCAAUGGCCCUGCCCCCCAUAUGGGCAACCCAAUGGGGAUGACCAACAACUCUGCAGGAGUAUCAACUGCAAACGAUGAAGCAAACCCCUCAGACCAAAUGAACAACGCAAUGGGUAGCGCCACAGGAGGACAAGUUCCACCCCCUGAAAAGGCAGGGGAGGUACACUUUGAAGGAGUCGACAAAGUUAAUGAAAACCAAAACAAAGGAGAAACAGGAAAUAUGAAACGAGAAAUAAAAAUGGAAAAUGAUAAAAUGAGCAUAAAAUAUAAUGAAGACGUGUCCAAGGGGUUUCUUUCACCACCUGUGUUUCACUUAACAGAAAUUAUGCACAAUGAGAGAUGCUUCAAAAGAACAAAAGGUCACAUGACAGUGGAAAUAAAUGGAGACAUUUGCAUAUACGGAGGAAUGGUACAGAAUAAAUGUGUUAACAAUUUUAUACGGUAUGUGCCUGGCAUCAAUUUAUUUGAAAAAAUCAGAUUAAAUUCGGAAGACAUUACUCCUCGAGCAUUUCACUCGGGCAAUGUUAUUUCGGAAGAUAACAAAAAGAGUAUUGUCGUCUUUGGAGGAAUAAAUGAAAAUGAAGAAAUACUUGAUGAAACAUUUAAAUUUGAUUUCCAAGCAAAGAAAUGGGAACGAAUGGAGAGCGCUACAAAACCAAGCGCUAGAUAUAAACACGCUUCCUUCAAUUUUAAUGAUGCCAUAUUCGUUCAUGGUGGGCUGAAUGCAAACAACGUUGCUCUGUCCGACUUGUGGUGCCUUUCUGGGGGCGCUUGGAAGGAAAUUAAUCAGCUGGAUAAGAUUCCCGAAGCUAGAUAUGGACACAGUUUAAUCUUUUCCUUGUACGGAAAUGCGAAACUUGUGUUUCUCUUUGGAGGAAAUAGGAAAAGCUUCCAUGGCGCUCUCGCGGACACGUGGAUUUUCAACCUCAACACGUUUAAGUGGAAGGAAAUCACCAACACCACGGGGCCCAAGCCCUGCGCACGAUGGGCGCACUCCGCGCAACUCUUCGACAACGAGUGGAUGAUCGUAUACGGAGGAAUCACGAACGGGUGGAUCGACAACUACGCUCUGUCAGACAUGUACGCUCUGAACAUUUACACCUUCUCCUGGUUCGAAGUUGAUAUCAGCACGUCGAAAAGCUUCAACAGGGGGUACUACGGAUCGCUAUGUUUAGUGCAUUAUAAAAAGUCGCUACACGUUUUUGGAGGGUCAGACGAGACGAACGAAUUCUCCGACGCUUUCAGCAUGUCCCCCUUAGUUACGUACGUGUCGUACAAAACCUUGACGGGGAAAAUCGAGCAGCUCAACACAAAAAUGAAAAACAUCAACGAAAAUUCAAAUGACAGUGAGCACGUGAAUUUAGCCGAAUUUGAGUUAAAAAUAGCUGAGUUGAAGGAGGACGUGAACAACAUAAACAACAUGAUGAAGACCUUCGAGAUGAAGUUUUCCGCACUUGAGAAACUGAACGAGCAGUGCGAAAAGCUGCUCUCCAAAAACAUGAACGCGGAAGCUUUGGAAAAAUUAGAACAGCGCAUUCGAAAGCUGGAAUCGUCCAACGUGCUGAUGAAGCAUGACAGUAUAUAG